GAGAAACGGAGUGAAUGAGUGUGAGACAGAAUCAGAGAGACAGAGAGAGAGAGAGAGAGAGAGAGAGAGAAGAAAAAGAACUUUUUUUUCAACGAUCCCUUGAUAUUAUCCUUUAAUUUAGUUUAUUCUCAACUUAUUCUCAGUGUCUUGCAUCUCGAAAGUAGAACGAUAUCUCAUAGUGUGUGUUAUUGUUCUUAACAUUAUCGUGUAAUUGUGACCAAUAACAUCGUCAACCAAUUCGAUAUCCACGUCUCUUAGCGAAUGAUUUCAAUCUCGAUUUAACGGAAUUCAUUAUGACCUUCGAAUAUCGAUAGCGACCUUCUGUUCCGAACAAGGAUUAAAAGACAUAUUUUGGAGCACGUUUUAAUCGAGAAUCGAAAUCUCCAAUAAUACUCUUUAAGUCUGUUACGUCGUAGACACAGUAGACAGGCUCGUUUGUUUGUUGUUUUCCUACAUGAACAUUUCCAGAUAAUUUGUAUUUUGGUCGAUCGUAUGUUUCUAAUUGGUUAUUUCUCUCUCUCUCUCUCUCUCUCUCUCUCUCUCUAUGUAUGUAUUUGUAUAUUAUUAUACAUAUAGUAAACAUAAUCUAUCUUCAAACAAAAUGAAUAAGUGUUUUUUAUUCUUAUUUUUAUAGUAUAUCAUUACGAUAAAGUGUCAUUUUGUUAAAGAAAAUUGUAAGUAGCAAGUAGUAACACUGACGCUCACCAGGCAAGCGUAUAAGAAUAGGAUGUCGGGGCAUAGAGGCGUUGGAGGGGCAGGGAGUCAUCAAGGAGGCCCCCCAGGCCUCAAACAAAUAGACUUGGAUCAAAUUUGGGGAGAUCUUCGUGAGGGUAUAGAACAAGUAUAUAAUAGACAAUGUAUGUCGAAACCAAGAUAUAUAGAACUUUAUACACAUGUAUAUAAUUAUUGUACGAGUGUUCAUCAACAACAUACUAGAAUGUCUACUAAAAGUAAAAAAGGCCAAAUGUCACAAGGAGGUGCACAGUUAGUGGGUUUGGAAUUAUAUAAACGUUUGCGUGACUUUCUUAGGAAUUAUCUCAUUAGUUUGCUCAAGCAUGGGAUUGACUUAAUGGAUGAAGAUGUAUUACAAUUCUAUACAAGACAAUGGGAAGAAUAUCAAUUCAGUAGUAAGGUAUUAAAUGGAGUAUGUGCAUAUUUAAACCGUCAUUGGGUACGUCGUGAAUGUGAAGAAGGACGUAAAGGAAUAUAUGAAAUUUAUCAACUGGCCUUGGUUACGUGGCGUGAUAAUUUAUUUAAACAUUUAAAUAGACAAGUUACCAAUGCGGUGCUGAAAUUAAUAGAACGAGAACGUAAUGGAGAAACAAUAAACACACGUUUAGUCAGUGGUGUAAUUAAUUGUUAUGUAGAAUUGGGCCUGAACGAGGAAGAUCCUGGUGCUAAGGGACAAAAUCUUAUUGUUUAUAAAGAAUCCUUUGAAAAUCUCUUCCUUGAGGAUACAGAACGAUUUUAUACUCGUGAAAGUUCAGAAUUCCUCAGACAAAACCCUGUUACAGAAUAUAUGAAAAAGGCAGAACAAAGGUUAUUGGAAGAACAAAAACGAGUUCAAGUUUAUUUGCAUCAAACAACACAUGAUCGAUUAGCAAAAACUUGUGAAAGAGUACUCAUUGAAAAGCACUUGGAUAUAUUUCAUUCUGAAUUUCAAAAUCUUUUGGAUGCUGAUAAAAAUACAGAUUUAGGCCGAAUGUAUCAAUUAAUGGCAAGAAUACCAAAUGGACUUGGCGAACUACGAAACCUUUUAGAAAGUCAUAUAGCUAAUCAAGGGCUUGCUGCUAUAGAUAAGUGUGGAGACUCAGCAGCUAAUGAUCCUAAAGUAUAUGUCAACACUAUCUUGGAAGUUCAUAAAAAAUAUAAUGCUUUAGUAUUAGUUGCAUUUAACAAUGAUAGUGGCUUUGUAGCAGCACUGGAUAAGGCGUGCGGUCGCUUUAUCAACAGUAAUUCUGUAACUAGAGCUGCAAAUAGUAGUAGUAAGUCACCUGAACUGUUGGCAAAAUACUGUGAUUUAUUGCUUAAAAAGAGUAGUAAAAAUCCUGAGGAAGCAGAACUUGAAGAUACAUUAAAUCAAGUUAUGGUAGUAUUUAAAUAUAUUGAAGACAAGGAUGUAUUCCAAAAGUUCUAUAGUAAAAUGCUGGCAAAACGUUUAGUGCAGCAUAUGUCUGCCAGUGAUGACGCAGAGGCUUCUAUGAUCUCCAAGUUAAAACAAGCUUGUGGCUUUGAAUAUACUUCAAAAUUACAGCGCAUGUUCCAGGAUAUUGGAGUAUCCAAAGAUUUAAACGAACAAUUCAGACGACAUCUAACAAAUUCUGUAGAACCACUAGACAUUGAUUUCAGUAUACAGGUUUUGUCUUCUGGUUCAUGGCCAUUCCAACAGUCCUUUACUUUUUCUUUACCAACAGAGCUAGAGAGAUCUGUACAUAGGUUUACAACCUUUUAUAGUUCACAACACAGUGGAAGAAAGUUGAAUUGGUUAUAUAAUAUGUCUAAAGGAGAAUUGCAUACAAAUUGUUUUAAGAAUAGGUAUACAUUACAAGCAUCAACUUUUCAAAUGGCAGUUUUACUGCAAUACAAUGGAUCAACUAUAUGGACAAUACAACAAUUACAUGAUGCUACUCAAAUAAAAAUGGAUUUUUUACUUCAGGUUGUACAAAUACUUUUAAAAGCUAAGCUAUUAACAGCAGUUAACGAUGACGAAACUGAGUUAACACCUAUGUCAGUGGUAGAACUUUUCUCAGGCUAUAAAAAUAAAAAAUUAAGGGUAAAUAUCAAUAUACCAAUGAAAACGGAAUUAAAAGUCGAGCAAGAAACAACACACAAACACAUAGAAGAAGAUAGAAAACUUUUAAUACAAGCAGCAAUUGUUAGAAUUAUGAAAAUGAGAAAAGUACUGAAGCAUCAACAACUAGUGGCAGAAGUUUUAAAUCAAUUGAGUUCCAGGUUUAAACCAAGAGUACAUGUUAUUAAAAAAUGUAUAGAUAUUUUAAUUGAAAAAGAAUAUCUGGAGCGCACAGAGGGUCAAAAGGACACAUAUAGCUAUCUGGCAUGAUCUGUCGAUCUAGGACAUCAAUAUAGCAGCAACUAUGCACGCAAAAAAAAAGAUGACUUCACACUGUCAUUGCUACAUACGUGUCUCGAUAUUUAUUUAAGACUCUCACUAGUAUUUUCUCUGUACACAGUUCUUGUACCGUAAUGUCCCUCUGGUCGCAUUUAGAACCUGGUUUUUAUAAUAUGUUAAUAAAAUUAUUUCAUAUAGUCAA